UAGUUCUCUUUUUUGUGCACGAAUUUUCUUAAGAAAAAUAUAUCAUAUAUAUAUAUAUAUACAUUCAACCUUCAUCAUAUAUCAUAUCUUUGUUUUGAUGUUAAGCUCAUAUAUAAAUUUAGUUAUAGAAAGUUAUGAUCGUGUCUUUUAACAAAAUUAAAAAAGCUUACACUCAUCAUGGGGUUCACUAAGAAAUCGUUGGUCACUACAAACACUCUUCCGGUUUACGAUCUGUCUCUUUCGCGAUUAUUUGUUACCGGUUUUUAUUGUUGGGGUUGGGAAUUCCUCACUGCUCUUAUGCUAUAUAGUUGUUGAUCAAUCAAGUCCUUUUUAAUUUUUAUUCCAUUUAUUUUCGAUAUCAAUUGUAGAAAAUAGAUACCAUAGAUAGAAGAGUACGUAGAUAUAUAUAAUAAAAUUUAGGUUAAUUAAUUAGGAGGAUGGUGCAAAGAUCAUCUCCGGCGCCAUUUCUGGUGAAGACGUACCAAUUGGUGGAUGAUCCGACGACGGAUGAAACGAUGUCGUGGAACGAAAAUGGGACCGGGUUUGUGGUUUGGAAAACAGCUGAUUUCGCUAGGGAUUUGCUUCCUAAUUCCUUCAAGCACAACAAUUUCUCCAGCUUUGUUCGACAGCUCAAUACUUAUGGAUUUCACAAAACUGUUCCCGACAAAUGGGAGUUCGCUAACAAACAUUUUAAACGUGGUCGGAAAGAUCUCCUCAUCGAGAUCCACCGUCGUAAAAACGUGACAUUAGCAAAAGAAAAAUCUAGCGGAGAUGGUGGCACAAAAUCACCACAUUCUAGUUCAGGAGAUGAACUCGGUUCUAGCUCCACUUCGUUCCCGGAUUCAAAGAAUCCGGGCUCCGUGGAUCUCCCAACCGUGGAGAAACUAGAGAACUUAUCUGACGAAAACGAGAAACUAAAGAAAGAAAAGAUUUCUCUGACAUCCGAGCUUGCACUUGCUAAAAAGCAAUGUGAUGAGCUUAUGGCACUUAUAAUGAAAGUGGCCCCAAAUGAGAUGAGUUGCAUCAUGAAUGGUGAUACGGUCGUUGGUGAGGCGAUUAGGACGGCCCAUGACACGAGCGUUGACAAUGAAAAUGACAAUGACGAUAAUGGAGAUAGUUUUCGGUUGUUUGGAGUCUUGAUGAAAGAUGGAAACAAAAAGAGGGGUUGCGAUGUCACAAACGAAACCUCGGGUUCCCGGAUGAAAACUAUGAAACUUCAAGGUGGUUUUAACAAAGACGCGCCAGGACGAAUAGGCUAUAUUCGGUAAACGAGCUAGCAGCAUAAAAAGGUAUGCAACUAAGAUGAUCAUAAACAGAUUGCGGGUGAUUAAUUGUGAGAUAUAAUGUAGCUUCUUAUGGACUUUUUUUUGUUUAUAUGCUUUGACAGUUGAAAGGGAGAUUUAUAUGCAUAUAUUUGAAGAAUUUUGUAAUAUAAAUGUUUGUAUGACAUUUGUUUCUUAUUUAAA